AGAGUUCAAAUACAGCAGUUAAAAAUAUAUACAAGCUACUAAAUAUAUAUCAUAGUGCAUCGGUGACGUAUGUAAAACACGUCAAACUCUUCGGUACAUGCUUAGAUGCAAUCCCUGUCAUUUCAGGACACACCUCUCCAGCCAGAACAGCUGUGCUUAUGGUUGCUAUGGUAACAGCGUCACCAGCGGCACCAGCUGCAGCCGAGGUUUAGACGACUACUCGAAAAGCACAUUGCACUGAAAUUAAAACAGAAAGGGUAUUGUCACUAUUUCGUAUAAGUGUAAUUGCAAUAAAAUAUUCACGCUUACCUGUAGGUUCGUUUUCUGGUUAGCUACGUUGCGCGGGUGAAUGCUCUGGUUAUUUCAGCAAAACAGCGUUCUGUGGAUGGAAUUCGCCUACAUGGAAUAUGACUGAUAAUAUGUUUUUACAUGGCGACAUUGUCUGAUGGCUUGUUACAGUGCAAACCUUCAGAAACCUUGCCACUGUUGAAGUCAACUCAGCAUACUGUUGUCAACAGAGAGCUUUUAUCACAAAGAAAAUGUCAAGAGCAAGGCCAGGAUUUUCGUCUCUGCUGCCUUUCGAAAGGCCAAGAAGUUCAAGGCAUCUCCAACCGCACCAUGCACUCCCCCCUCUGCCCCUCCCUCCCGCUGCCUCUGCCUUGAAACCCGAAAGGUACAGCAGACCGCAGAUGCUGAACACUAGCGCCACCCUGGUGGACAUGGACUGCCAGAGCGGCCGGGAGAUUGUGAGCAGUGUGAAGAGACUACAGGGCAGGGGGCCGAGCGAUGAGCAGCUGCUCAAGCUGAUGUUGGAGGAGCACAUCUACAGCGUCACCAUGCUGACCCAGAGGCUGAACGGAGAUAUUGAGGUGUUACAGGAGAAACUGCGGUCCUGGGCUGAGGUGACCUAUGGGACCCAGUCUGCUCUGCAGAGGAUGGAGCUGCAGCAGCUUGCCGUCCUGGGAGACCUCCGUGGAAGGAUUGCCAGGUGUGAUGCCAACAUUGCCAAGUUAUCAACUGACCUCCGAUCCACCAGAGAGGAUCUCCAAAGCCUGGACAAAGAACAAAAGAUCUCUAAAGCUGCAUUAGAGACCAAACUUAGGGAGGUAGAAACCCAGGUCUCUCUGAUGUGCAGUAAGGUAGAUCAGACUACAACCCUAAAAGAAGCCAAGAAGAAUCCCAUAGAGGGAGACAGCAGCCUACUGGACUCAAAAUUAAAAAGUGUAACGGAUGAACUGAAAGCCCAGAUCCUCUCUGUUCAGAACUGGAUGGACAAGGAACAGGAGAACACACUCAAGGAAGUUCUAAACAAGAUUGAGCAGCUUUCCCAACUCAUAAAGAAUAAGAUUAGCAGCAAUGACAAGGCUGUCCAGUUUGCGGGGAAGCUGGGCAAGCUUGAGGAGACGCGGAGGGAGAAGGAGGAGCCACAGAGAGGGAGAGACUCUGAGCGAAUGCUCAAAGCCAAAAUCAGCAGGAUAGAGCAGAGACUGUGGGAUGAAGUGCAGGAUUUAAGGGCAGAGACAAACACCGGAUUUGCCAUCAUCCACGAGAGCCUGGCUUCCCUGAGGAAAGUGCUGGAAGCCAAGAUGAAGCUAGGCCAUGAGCAGCUGGAGCAGCAGGUUCGACAGACCCAGGGACGAGGCAGUGGGGCUGAGCACGGCGAGCGUGUGGGGUAACAAGCCCGAACCCACCAUUACUCCCCCCAGGAGACUGCAGUGACCCUUCACUCCUUUCUCUCACAAACACAAGUCCCGUUAAAAGCCUCCUCUCCAAAAUAUUCUCAGGAAUAUGGCUUUGUAUGUAUGCAGUUUUAUUCAUACUGUAAAGGGUAUACUGUAAAAUUUUAUUUAGAACAAAAUAUGCUCUACAAUGUCUGCAUGAAAUUGACGGAAAUUGCAGUCCAAAAUGGUUAAUUCACUGCUCUUCAUUCUUUAUUCCACUGCAGAAAAGUGAGCAAGGCCUGUGGCUUUGGCCAAUAAUUUUUCUUUUGACCAAAUGUUUAGGGACUGAGGCUCAUUACUGAAAGGCUGCAGGUUUAGUUCCCAGCAGGGCCGUUGUACCUUUGUACAAGGCACUUAACCUGAAUUUCUCCAGUGAAUAUCUAGCUGUUAUUGUGAAUAUCUAUUCAUGGAUUGUGUAUUAAAUGUAACCUGUAGAAGUUGCUCUGGUUAAGAGUCUGUCAAACGCUGAAGUGUAAAUGUAUUGUGCUUAUAUACAAGAUGUCCUCUCUUCAUCUUGUAUUGUUUGCUAUCAGAUCAGCAGAAAUCAGGUUCUUGAAUUGAUUACAUGACAUAAAGUGCAAUUUCAGGAUGCAGCAGGUCAUUCAUGGGGUAAUUUUAUGUUUGAACAUGAGAGGAUGUUUUUUUUUUGUUAUUUACUCUCAGUGUUGUGUGUCCAUGAUAUAGUGACAGUUGGACAAGUUUAUGUGUGUAAAUAAAAUGUAUCUUUUCCUGUGACAGUCAAGAUAAAUUUCAUUUUCAACCUUCUCUUUACUGCAGCUGACUGAUGCAUUUAACAUAGAACUAUAUAGGAAGUUUCUGAACUAUCACAAAUACAUGAUCCCUGUGGAGGUCAGAACAGCUGAGACUGUGACCCAUUUCAAAGGACGACUGAAGACCCACCUCUUCAGGCUGCACCUCUCCCCAUCCCUCCCUUCCCCCCCGUAAAUGACUAAA